AUGUCAUUAUUUCUCGCUUUUUCUUUAUUACUUUGUCUGCAAAAAAUUCUUGCAUUUUCUUUGUUCGUCUUUUCCACCCAAAAUACCAUUAUUUCUCAUUUUCCUUUAUUACUUUGUCUGCGAAGUUCUUGCAAUUUUCUUUGUUCCUCUGCCACCCAAAAUACCAUUAUUUCUCAUUUUCCUUUAUUACUUUGUCUGCAGUUCUUGCAAUUUUCUUUUUCAUCUGCCACCAAAAUACCAUUAUUUCUCAUUUUCCCUUUAUUACUUUGUCUGCAAAUUUCUUACAGUUUUUUAUUCAUCUACCACCAAAAUAUAAUUACUCCUUUCCUUUGUUACUUUGUCUCAAAGUUCUUGCAAUUUUCUUUGUUCAUCUGCCACCCAAAUAAUAUUACUUCUCUUUCCUUUAUUACUUUGUCUGCAGUGUUCUUGCAAUUUUUUCUUUAUUUCCUCUACCACCCAAAUACCAUUCCUCCUCAUUUUCCUUUAUUAUUUGUCUGCAGUUCUUGCAAUUUUCUUUAUUCGUCUACCACCCAAAUACCAUUACUUCUGCUUUCCUUUUUACUUUGUCUGCAAUUCUUGCAGUUUUCUUUUGUUCGUCUGCCACCCAAAUGCCAUUUCUCCUUUUCCUUUAUUACUUUGUCUGCAGUUCUUGCAGUUUCUUUGAGUCCCUCUGCUACCCAAAUGCCAUUACUCCUCCACUUUUCCUUUAUUACUUUUGUCUGCAGUUCUUGCAAGUUUUCUUUGUUCAUCUACCAUCCAAAAAUACCAUUAUUUCUCACUUUCCUUUAUUACUUUGUCUGCAGUUCUUGCAAUUUUCUUUUUCCCUCUGCCAAAAUACCCUUACUCCUCGCUUUCCUUUAUUACUUUGUCUGCAAGUUCUUGCAGUUUUUCUUUAUUCAUCUACCACCCCCAAUACUAUUACUCUUCCCUUUCCUUUAG